AUCCUUUCCCAUUACACCUAGUUUCCAAUUCCAUUCAUCAUUAUGCUAUGCAAAAUCCUAACUCACAACCGCGUGGAGUAACAGAGCGAGGUACCUGACAACAGAGAACUCUACGCGCUCUUGAACUUGUCUCCGGAAGCUUCCGAUGAAGAAAACCAUAGAAUUCUGGUUAUGCAGAAUGCGCUUCUGCAUUUUCGAAGAAAAAAAGGGUCUGUGAAACUGAAGUUUAGGAGGAGCCAUGGAUGAACUUCAAGGAGGUGAAAGGGUUCAAUCUUGUUGGAGAUGCACCUGCAGAGUCUAGUGCUUAGCGAGAUUCACGUGGGAUCAGGGAGCCGAAUUCGUGCUUGAUGUUGCAAAAGAUUGAGAAGUAGUAUAAAGAAAAUGUUCAAAAGAAUACACAAUGUGCUGAAAUUAGAAUAAAAGGGUUUCAGGAUCUAGACCAAGACACCGACUGGAGAAGCGUUAUCUAAAAGGGGGAGAACAAAAUGUUUGAAUUCUGAACUUUGGCCUGCAUGUGCUGGCCCUCUGGUUUCUCUGCCUCCUGUUGGAAGUGGUGUAGUCUACUUUCCCCAAUAUCACAGUGAGCAGCACUUUGAUAAUAAAUUAUUUGGUCUACCGGCAAGUUCUCGCCUAAGCAUGCAUUUGAGACCUGAGUAAGAUGACCAAUCCUCUUCAUCCCCAACCAAACUAUGUAAUGAUGUGUUUAUCUUUAAAUAUCGGUUCAAAUAUUUAUGAUUAAAGUGCUGUAAAAGUGAGUAAUGACACAAAAUUGUGUGUGAGUAUCAAUUGAUUAAAUAUCAUUUUAAUUACUAAUUAAAAAAAAAUUAAAAAACGUGUGGGUGAUUUAAAAAAAAAAACAAAAAGGUAAAAAACUCCAACAUAUAGUUGGCGAUUGUCAAAAAAAAAAACAAAAUAAAAAACAAAAAAUAAGAAAACGCCAACAUGGUUGGCGAUUUAUAUAAAAAACAAAAAAAAAUGAAAACUCCAAUGCUAUUGGCGAUUCUUUAAAAAAAUUUUAAAAAAUAAAUAGAAUCGCCACUGACAAUGACGAUUUAUACUAGAUUGGUAAAUAAAAGUAAUUUCAAAAAAAAAAAAAACUAUACGUACAAAAGCCACGUCUAUGAUGAAGUCCAGGGAUUCUGCGUCGAACUUGUGGAUGUAGUGUUUCGAAUGAAGAUAAUUUUUCCAAUCGUUUGCGUGUGGAACCCACAGUGUUGACUGACUUUCCUAGUUUCUCCUAGUUAGAGCCAGGCCGGGGAAUUUGGUUUGGCACCCCACCUAUUGGGUUUCGCACCCCACUUUAUUAAAAACGGGAAUUUAAAUUCCGAUUUUAAUACGAAAAAAACGGAAAUUAAAAAACCGUUAUGUAUUUUAGCAUAUGUGGCACAUUUUCAACCGUUCAUUGCAUAUAAAAAACAAAUCGGAAUUUUAAAUUCCGUUUUGAAAACGGAAAUUAAAUUUCCGUAUUGAAUACAUGGGGUGCCAAACCCAAUAGGUGGGGUGCCAAACCCAAAUCCCGCCAGGCCGCAGCAUAUGAAUUUAUCUCAUCUCUUCCACAAGCGAAGUUCAUCCAAUUAGCGAGUUGCUGUGCAGUGAACUUCCAUAGGGUUCGCUCGAAGAAACGCUCACUCAGAUAUGUUCCAGUCUUCCUCUCCGUCGGACCGGCUGGGCAAGAGAAUUGCAGCUUCCACUGAACUAAACUGUAGAUACGAUGUGUUUAUUAGUUUCAGAGGUUCUGACACCCGCAACACCUUCGUGGAUCAUCUUUAUGGACAGCUCAUUAGAAAAGGUAUUGUUGUCUUCAAGGAUGACAAACUGCUCGAAAAAGGAAAAUCCAUUUCACCACAGCUUCUCCAAGGGAUUCAAGAUUCGCGAGUUUCUAUUGUUGUCUUCUCCAAAGAUUAUCCUUCAUCAACAUGGUGUUUGGAUGAACUGGCUGCCAUCGCUGAAUGCCAUGAGAAGUCCAAACAAACUGCUUUCCCUGUUUUCUAUGAUGUUGAUCCAUCUGAGGUGCGAAAACAGAAAGGAGCUUAUGAGAAUGCUUUUGCUUUACACGCUGAGGCUGAGCAAUCCCAACAAGGAUCAACCAGAGUUGAUAGAUGGAAGGGAGCUAUGACCAGUUUGGCCGGAUUAGCUGGUUGGGAUGUCAGAAAUAAACCAGAGUAUGAAGAGAUUGGAAAAAUUGUUGAAGGAGUAAUAAAAGUGUUGGGUCAUAAAUUCUCUCUUGGUGCUAAUGACCUCAUUGGGAUACAACCACGUGUACAAGAAUUAGAAAGCCUUUUAAAAUUAGGCUCAAUAAAUGACGAGUUUCGAGUUUUAGGAAUUUGGGGGAUGGGUGGAAUAGGGAAGACAACCCUUGCGUGCGGGUUGUAUGACAGAGUCUCAUAUUUGUUUGAAGCUUGUUGUUUUAUUGAGGACGUAAGCAAUGUUUACAAAGAUGGAGCAAUUGCCAUACAGAAACAAAUUCUUCGUCAAACUUUGGACGAAACAAAUCUAGAGACAUAUGGUCCUUCUGAAAUAUCUGGAAUUGUGAGAAAAAGGCUACACAAUGUAAAGCUCCUUAUAGUUCUUGACAAUGUGGAUCAAUUUGAACAACUAGAGAAAUUGUGUAUAGAUCCCAAGUUGCUUUGUGCAGGAAGUAGAAUGAUCAUAACCACAAGAGAUGAGCAUAUUCUUAGAACUUAUGGAGCUGAUAAGGUUUAUGAAGUUCAACAAUUGGAUGCCGAUGAUGCUUGUAAACUUCUGUGUAGAAAGGCCUUCCAAAGAGAUGGUCCAUGGAACAUUUUUGAAAAGUUGAUUCCUGAGGUACUAAACUAUGCUCAAGGUCUUCCAUUAGCAAUUAGAGUAAUGGGUUCUUUUUUGUAUACUCGAGAUCCUUCACAGUGGAGAGCUACCUUGGAUGGAUUGCAUAAUAAUCCAGACAGAGGAAUUGUGGAAGUGCUUCAGAAAAGUUAUGACGGACUGCAGCCAAGAGUGCAAGAAAUAUUUUUGCAUGUUGCAUGUUUCUUUAAACGGGAGAGGGAGGAUUAUGUGAAGCGAAUUCUUGAUGCUUGUGGAUUAUACCCUGAUAUUGGAAUUCCACUUCUUAUUGAAAAGUCGUUUAUAUCCAUUAGAAACCAGGAAAUUCAUAUGCAUGACAUGUUGCAAGAAUUGGGUAAGCAAAUUGCUCGGGGAAAACAUCUUGAUGAGCCAGAAUGCUGGAGUAGAUUAUGGCUUUACAGUGAUUUCCAUCGAGUGAUGAUGUCAGAAACGGGAGCAACAGGAGUUAAAGCCAUAGUUUUAGAUCAAAAGGAAGAUGCCUUCAAAUUCAAUAAGUUGAGAGCUGAAGAUUUAUCAAAAAUGACGUGCCUAAAACUGCUCAUAAUAUCUCAUAAGAAUUUUUCAGGAAGGCCUGUAUCCCUUUCUAACUUGCUACGUUAUUUUUCAUGGAAUGGUUACCCUUUCACUUCUUUGCCACCAACUUUUCAUCCCUGUGACCUUGUCGAAUUAAACAUGCCCGAUAGUAGCCUCGAACAACUAUGGGAAGGCAUCGUGUUUCUACCCCAUUUGAAAAGGAUGGAUCUAAGCAACUCCAAAAAUCUCAAGAUGACUCCAAAUUUUGAAGAAACCGAAAAACUUGAGCGGCUAGAUUUGACUGGAUGCAUAAAUUUGUUGCAGGUCCAUCCAUCAAUUGGACUUCUUGACAAACUUGUGUUCUUGAGUCUUCUAAACUGUUGCAGUCUGGUUAGCUUCGAAUUCGGCAGUAAUGGAUCAAAAUUAGGUUCUCUGAGAGUUCUACAUCUCUCUGGUUGCAUAAAACUUGAAAAGAGUCCAAAUCUCACAGGAGCAGAGAGUCUUGAGUACCUUGAUAUGGAUCGCUGUACAAGGCUAUCUACGGUUCAUGAAUCUAUUGGAUAUCGUAAAAAGCUGAGAUUCUUAAGUUUGCGAGACUGCACUAAUCUUGUUGGAUUACCUGACAGCAUUGAUUUUAUGUCAUCUCUUAUGACUCUAGAUUUAUGCGGCUGCUCGGAAUUUAUGAAUCUGCCCUUGCAAUCAACUAUCAAUUCUUCAGCUAUGGAAUCUUUGGUUUCUCUGGACUUAAGCUUUUGCAGUAUUCUUGAAGUACCUAAUGCUAUUGGAAGAUUAUGGUGUUUAGAAAGACUAAAUCUACAAGGAAACAACUUUGUUGAACUGCCUUCUACAAUUAGUAGGCUUCGUAGGCUAGCAUAUUUGAACCUGUCUCAUUGCAUAAAGCUUGGAGAUUUGCCUCUGCUCCCAUCAGAAUGUGCUCCAUUAGGGGGAAGAUAUUAUGAAACAACAUCUGAAUCUCGUGAUCAUAGGUCCGGAUUAUAUAUUUUCAACUGUCCCAUUGUGGGGAAAAAGUUAAAUAAUGAGUUGCUACAUGGCACUCCAUCAAACCAAGAAGAACCAUCAGUUUGGUGGCUGACUCUAUUACGAUGGAUAUCGAGACUAUAUACAGAACCUCGUAACUUCCGAUGUGGGUUUGACAUUGUUUCUCCUUGGCAUUGGGAAGAUGGUGAUUAUCAAAGAAAGAGUAUUAUUCCACGAUGUUUUGAUCAUCGCGUUGAGGGGGGUUCAAUAAUAAGGACAAAGCUCUCUGAUAUUGAUGUUGGCUGGGACGGCUGUCUCUUUUGUGUAGCAUUUCAGGUGAAUAAUCACUCUACAAUUUUUGCUUCUUCACAUCGGUCGAAUUCCUCACGACUACCACAUCCUUUUUAUCUUUCCUUUGAAAGUGAACACACGGAAGAGCGCUUUGAUAUGCCUCUUGAUUUAGAUCUGGAUAAAAGUGAUGGUUCAAAAUAUCUUUGGAUAAUCUAUAUCUCUCGGCAGCACUGCCAUUUUGUGGCAACGGGAGCUCAAAUCACAUUUAAAGUGCGCCAUGGUUUGAUUGUGGAGGAAUGGGGAUUACGCAUGCUGACUAAGGAACACAUGGAGGCUUCAGGAAUGAUACAAAGUACAGAUCUUUCUUCACUUAUCAUUGAUUAUGUGGAAGAAAGCAACAGAAGCUUUGUGCCCAAAAUCCAACUUCCUUACAAUUGGCUAAUUUCUGGUGAAGAGGAAGUCAAGAUUCAUAACACCAAGGGAAAAGAAAUUGAACUCUCUAAUCUUGGCCUUUGACUGGCAAAUAAUAUUUGACGUAUACAAUAUCUUCUCGGGGACCCGUGUUUGGAAAAUGAGUUUAAAAGAGUGGCAGAAAUGGAUCCUGUUGAAUGCAGUGGAAAAGGUCUUGAACCUUAAGCUUAGCUAUCUUCUCGUGCAAACUCUGAUCUAAAUGCAGAUGACGAUGUUGAAAGUUGUCCCCUCAGAUGUUGAUUGCACAGAAAGUAUGGCGGAUUCACCGUGGACUACGGUGUUGAGGACGUUACCAUCAGUGUCAACCCUCCGAUGACGAAUUUCACCAUUGACACUCUCGUGUCGGUUUUUUUUUUGGCUUAGAUCUACUAUUUCCUUCCCUAAUGUAGAAGUUGAUGAUUCUCGAAUAGCAAUACAGAUCCCUAAUUGGUACUGUUGUUUGGUGCAUGAAACUCGCAUGUUCUUUGGGUAAAGAUUAUGCUUUUGAUGGCAUUCAUUGUACUUGUGAAGGCAUUCCUCUUGUUCUUCAUUCUCGGCAGUUCCUGAACACUUCCAAUUCAAUUUGAGGACAAAUUAGAAGAUUUAUUAUGAGUGGACAGAGAAAUGGUACCAUUUGUACCUAACCUAACUCGGGAACAAUGAUGCAGCCCUCGGUGUAAGUGGGUACCGAGUAUUCUUUUUUGCCAGAAUCUUAUGUGGGGUGUCUUCUGUUGUAAAUAGAAAUAAAGUCAAGGCGUUGGCAUCGUGUUAUGGCGUAUUUUGAAUUCAUGGAGUAUUCUCAAUUUAGUGUUCUUCCUGGUCUUUGUAUGAGUACUGUCCAUGUAAUGCUCCAAUGGUUGUCAAUUCAUCAUGCCGGGAAUUAUUUGGCACUAUUGCAUCUGGCUUUUGGCAACUGUUCUAUCCUCUGCUUUGUCUCUUUAUGGAAUGGUUUGUUGUAGAAUAUCUUCAGUGACUAAGAUAAACUCUUAACAGCGAAAAGUGAAGUUAACACCAAGUCUGCUCAACUUUUUGCACUCAACCUUCUCAGAUGCGUGGCUAAUUGCACCUUCCCACAUCGGAUUGCUCCUGGUGUCAGCUCAAAAACAUAAACAAUCCUGGAAUCAAGCGCAUCUGGAAUCAGUAUGCUACAAAUGCCACCCAUAAUCGUAGAAUUGAUGUUGCAGGAGAAAUUAUAGUUCCAUGGUUAUACUCUGUAUGGCAGGUACAUGAUCCCCCGUAUGGCAGGAGGAUGGUUACCACUGAUGAUGGUAAUUCUUGUGGGAAUUGGAUUCAAAAAAAAAUUCACACUCAUUGAGUUCUAGUUAGUUAUUAACAGAUGGAUAUGAUGUUUGGAUUGACAAGCUCGAGCAAAGUUUGAGUCAGAUGAUUCAUAAAACAAUUGACAACAAGAGCUAAGUUUUUACUUUUUAAAGCAGGGAAGCAUAAAUUGUUGUCAUGCUCACUAGAUUCUGCACAUUAAAAGGCUAAAGGCAAUUAAGCAGAACUUGUCUUCA